CGUAACGCGAGGAUUACGCGGGUGAAUACAUUUCUUGCGUCUGCGCACUGCUGGCAAAGAUCGUGGCCACUCAGUGACCAGAAACCUGCGUGACGUCAUCGUCCUGACUUCUUCCAAAAGCGGACUGGUUGUUCUUUUGGUUCCGGGGAGAUACAAGAGAAAGUGCAAUAUGUCGGGGUUUACUUUAGCCUCGUUGAAUUAGAGCAUACUUGCGUGUUUUUUCACGUUCAACGUCAUUCGUAUUACCCCUGUUGACAUUUGUAUACAUUUGUGACGUGUUUUCCGACUCAGUAAAAUUGAGAAACUGAGAUUAAUUCAGUUUUGUCGUGAGAGUCAAUCAGAAUAGUUGCACAUAACCCUGUGAAUAUGAUAUGUAACUCAAGAUCCGACGCCUCGAAAUCUCUACUGAACAGUUUACGCGAUUGAAAGAUAAUCGCGGUGUAAAUAUUGAGUUAAUACAAAACCUGCCGCUCAAACCUUGUACAAUAUGGGUCUUUUAUUCUCGAAACUAUGGAGUCUGUUUGGGAACGAAGAGCACAAAAUCGUAAUGGUCGGACUGGACAAUGCGGGUAAAACAACAAUUUUGUAUCAAUUUUUGAUGAACGAGGUUGUCCACACAUCACCAACGAUUGGUUCCAACGUUGAAGAAGUUGUUUGGAAAAAUAUUCACUUCAUAAUGUGGGACUUGGGUGGUCAGCAAAGUUUGCGAGCUGCCUGGUCAACUUACUAUACAAAUACCGAAUUCAUUAUAAUGGUGAUCGAUAGUACAGAUCGUGAAAGACUAAGCGUUACUAGAGAGGAACUAUAUUCCAUGUUAAAUCAUGAAGAGUUGAGCAAAGCCAACGUUCUUGUCUAUGCUAAUAAACAAGACUUGAAAGGAAGCAUGAGUGCCGCUGAAAUAUCACGGCAGUUGGAUCUUACGUCGAUUAAAAAGCACCAGUGGCACAUACAAACUUGUUGUGCACUAACAGGAGAAGGGCUGUACCAGGGUCUAGAGUGGAUUGUUGGCAGACUGAAGAAGACAUGACCCAAAUCGUGAAAGCUCAAUCCGCCUUUGUCAAUGAAAUAUACGGAAUGUAAAAUAUUCGAAGGGAUUUAGAUAUUGUGCCACUUUGACUGCUGUACUAAAUAUAAAAUGACGAUUCUAAUACCUGAAAGGUUGAAUGUCCAGCCUUAAUCAAAUACGUACGGAGUAUGGUUGUCAAAGUGUAUUUAUAUAAGUUGAUAACAUUAUUGAAAGCAGAAAGUUAUAACAAAUGUAAAACCGUCGAAUUGUGGAUACAAAGUAUUAUCAUAUCUGGCUAGUUGCGCUACUGAUAAUGUGUGAAGAAAAAAAAAUCAUCCUAUACUUUCAGCAAUUUGCUAUGAAACUAUAUAACCUGCUAUUUUGCAAAAAAUAACGACAUUACCACAUGCUUACAUAUAAUUCCGACGAAUCCUACAAGAUUUACAAUCUGUAGAGGAUUUUUUAGUGCUUCAAGUAUGCAAACAUGUUGUAAGACUUCACAGCAAGGUUAUUCGACGAGCCAAGCUAAAACUUUUCCUGCCAGAAUACAAAAUGUUUUGUGAUAAAUCAUGAUGAAUUGAGUAUUGAAGUGGUUAUGAGAUUAAGGAAAAAAUAAUUGUCAUCUAUUUUAAGCCUGAUUUUCUUUGCACCUGAUACUGUAGAAUAAAUACCAAUGUUAAGGAAUUUGUCUAUCUCAGCUGCAAAUUUUGGCUAACUGCUAUCAGUGGUAUUCAUUUGUGUUGUGAAUGUAGAUGAUAAUUUUCUAAUGCAGCUAUCAAUAUAAUUUCGUAUUUUAUCGAAUAUAAGUCGUUUUUUUUUUUGGUGCUGGGCAUUAACAUAUUCACGACACACGCGUUCUAUCGGUUAUAAAACGAAUUUCACAUUCGAAAGUAAACAGUUUAAAGAUUAGGAUGCAUGAGAAUAAUUUGCCAAAAAAAUAUUUCAGCUCCAAUGAACACUGUAAAAAUUAGAGAUUCGACUUAUGUUCGACAGAAUAUAGUAAAUACUCGAUCAUGUAAAUUGUAAUCGUAAUUUGUAAAACAUGAUAACCGAGAGAAUCAACGUUUUGACGAAAUUUUUAAUCACACUAACUAUCAUUGACAAGCCAUGCAAAAGACUAAUGUUAUCUAAAAUUAGAGUGAUAGACAUCUAAAACCAAAUUGAAAAAAAAUAUAUUAAAUCAAUAAAUAUAUAGAUUUAAAAAUAAGCACGUUAUUUUCUCAUAUUGAGAAAAUUUCUUAGGACAAUUAAUCAUCUUCAGUUUUUCUUUUAAAACGUUAAGCUCACAAGAUGACGAACUGGGUAAAUAAACCAACAAUGAAACUGACUUUUUAAACCUGAGUGUAUACUGAAGUAUAAAAUGUUGUUUCUGUCUGCUACAGUUCUCGUCGUUCACCUCUAGCGUAGAUGCACUUUGUAAACCGAAUAUUAAGGAAUCUAAAAAUUACACUAGUUAAAAGUUUUUGAAAGAUGCAAUAUACUCUUGACUCAAAUAGCCACUCACGAAUUAAAUAAAUGAUACUGCAAACUGUGUACAAAUGUUAAUUAAUUUGAUGAUCGAAUUUUUAAAAUAAAACAAUUAUGUGAUAUACGUUACAACUCUGAACUGUCGUUUAAGUUCACUAUCUCACCUGAAUUGUUUCGGAAAGAGUAAAAACACGUUGCAGAAAUUUCACAGAAAGGUUUCACUAAUACAAUUUUUGCAAUAAAUAUAGGUAUUUGCUCCAAUUCCAUACAAUAAAAAGCCAUUGUAAAAAAUAUGGUUUACUAAGUAAACGGUGACUCAUUUUUAGGAAGAAAAAAUUGAAAAAUCAAUUCUGGCAUUAUUGACAAAUUUUUAUUCAAACUGUGUUUAACAUUUACUAUUAUUUUACUUUUUUUACCUGUUUAAUCUUAUACCUGUUCGAACAGGUGGCAAAUGAGAAAAUAAAAGAAAGUUCGGUAAUGUGAUUCCGCCAGUAAUCUUUAUAUAAUAUGGAUUUUUAGGAAAGAGAGGGCUUUGCAAAUACGCACGUAUUAUUGGAUAAAGUUCCAAAAGUUUCGAUUUAUUUAUUUAUUUCUUUCCUUUUACUAUAAAUAAAGUAUCGCACGCACACAUUCACUCAUACGGCAGUGGAUCUACCACUCGACGCAUCCUUAAUUUACACAUUGUUGCAUCUUACUGUAAUACCUACCGCUAUUUCACAAAUGCUAUGCCACGAGCUAGAGAAUAAUAUUUCACCAUUGCAAAUUGUCUCAUUACAUAGAUACUGAUUCUUCGAUUUAAUAACUCAUAAAAUUGGACUCUCGCUUAAGACCAGCCCAUAAAUAUUAAAUUUAGGCUUAUUGUUAAAGUAACGAACAUACGUAUAUAUGUAUAUAUAUGUAUAUGCACGUAACUGAUGCCAUGAACACAUUGUCUGAAGUACUUAGACGAAUAUAAAUACGCAAUACAUCCGAUUCACGUUUGAAAAUGAUUGAUAAGAAUUCAAAAAAUUCUCUCUUCUCCGAUAAUUCGAGAUAAAAAUCGAAUGGCAUAGAUUUUAUGUCAACACGCGUGACAUUCUACUUUUACAAUAUAUUCCGCUAUUUUCAAUAACUAAUACCUACUGCUAAAAUUUUCUCCAAUGAACUAUUAUUAUUAUUGUUAUUAUUAUCGAUAUUAUUAUCAACGUUUCCCUAAUUGGUAAUAACUAGUAACAUAUGAUUGCUAUGAUAACAAUUAUUUGUUAAUAUUUAUGUUUAAACUGAUCUUUGCUAGAGUUUGGCAAUGCGCUCGAAUUUUCACGCUCAUAUCAGUAUACAAAUUACGUUAAAACAGAGCUCAUUAGAGAUAUCCAUGGUAGUUGUUCAGUUCACAUGAAAUACA